CGCUCUUUUCUCUCUGUCACUUUCUGCAUCUCUGACUCGUCUCGUUUACCCUCCGUCUCUCUCCCGAGCGCUAUAGAAACCUGCUGGGCGCAAAACUGCAUCGAAUCGGCACAUAGUUAGUGGCAGCCACAAACUGAUUCUACCAGAGCAUAUACAUCCAUCCCGCCCGUCUUGGUUUAGGAGAGAAGAAAAGAAGAAGAAACGUCCAGCGAGUGCUAGCUCCUCUUGGUAUCCAACCAAGUCUACAAUUUCAUUUUCUGUUCGUCUGUGUGUGUGUUGACAUUUGUUGCCAAGCUAUAAGUGACCGACCCUCAACAUUUUCUCCGGCCAUCUUCUCUGCUGGCCUCUCUUCCUCCACCCGCGCUUGUUUUCUGAGUAGAUUUCGGGGUAAAAGAACUCGCCAAGUGAAUGUUUUUUCUGGUUUCUUCUCCGCACUAUAUCGUUUGUUGUGUUUAAUCUGAGAAACAGUGGAGUUGCCGGGGUGAAACUUUUGUAUAUAGUUGCCCGGACUGCCGCUGAUCAUUUCAACAGUUUCUGUCUUUUUAACCGUCAAGUGCUGGACUCGGGAGUGGUGCGUCAGAAAAUACAUAUACGUUUUCGAGAGGGGAAAAAGCUUUUCUCUGGCCUCAAAACUUUUUGUUUGUUCGUUUUUUUUUUGGUUUUUUUUCCUUUUCUUUUCUAUUUCCCGUUUGACUAUUGUGCAGAGUUUGUUCGACCGUUUCCAGCGAAGAAGAACGAGUGUGUAUUCCAUCCAUUUUAGUGCCGUGUGCAUGUGUAUAGACUGCCGUUGCGCAUCGCGGAUAUACAGGACAGCAGCGGAGCAGGCCGUGAGCGGGUCGGGUUCGUCCGUCCCCAGAGAAGACGGGAAAACGUAUCAUCCUCGUUGGGAAAUGCUGCAAAUUCGGGAGUCUCGUGUUCACUUGGUCGAUUCGGUCACCAGCACGACAGGACAGUCGCCCGUGAAAAUCGUACAGAGUGAUCCGCUGCCUAUAACUACCGUCCCGAUGUCGCUCCGACUACGAAUAUCUUUUUUCGCCGUCCUUUUCCUGACUCUGUCCGGGAACGCGUGUUGUUCGGCGAUCGGCCACGACGGAGCCAUUCAGAUUGCCGUGAAGGCCAUCCCGCGGGAGCUGGAGGAGUCAAUUGACGGUGGUACAUCUCAUCGGGUUGCCAGUCUUUUGGUCGGCGGUGGCUUAUACACCGGCCCGUAUUUCGACCCGUACACCACAGCCGACAUCAGCGUUCAAGUUGGCUCCAACGCUGUCCUUCCGUGUCGCGUACGCCAGGCCGGAAAUCGAUCGGUGAGCUGGGUGAGGAAAGGCGACGGUCAUUUAUUGGCCGUUGGUGACGACACGUUUAUCAACGAUGGCCGAUUUCAAGCCCAGCGCAUUGCUUCCUCCGACACUUGGACGCUUCAAAUUCGCUCCGUCCAACUAAGCGACGCCGGAGAUUACGAAUGUCAAGUGUCGUCGAACGAGCCGAAAAUCAGUCGCGUCGUCCACCUACGAGCCGUUGAACCGGUGGUGAACAUCAAAGGCGCACCAGACAUGUACGUCAAAAAUGGCAGCCCGGUUACCUUACACUGUCAAAUGUCAUCGUUUCUGAUCAGCCCCACGCACGUCGAAUGGCGGCUCAAUGGCUCUCUUCUAGCUCAAGUCAAAUAUCAUCAUCAAUACAACCAGAAAGGAAAUGGAGAGAGCAACUGGAUUGUCGGGGCUGUCACGGACGACCUGGGUCGCACGACCGUUCUAGCACGCAUCGGAAAUGAUUCUCUGCGACUGACGCUCGCCCUCCCCAGCGUAUCUCCAGAGGAUUCGGGCCAGUAUCUGUGCUCGCCUUCAAAUAUGGCACCUGUCAGCGCCUCGUUGCACGUCGUGAUUGGCGAACAUCCAGCGGCGAUGCAACAUGGGGACAAUGGACGUGAGCGUCUUUCCAGUCAGCCCUGGUUUGUUAUUUGGAGCGUGAUUAUCUCGCUGCUGUCACUGGCGUCAUCCGACUAUUGGCGCUGCUUCCACAUACUUAGCCGACCGACUCAAUAGAGCCGAACCGAUGUAAAACUCCGCGCGUAUACCCGCGCCGACGCAUUUUACCAGCCGCGAUUUUUUUGGAAUUGCUAAUAUUUAUUUGAGAGAUGCAGCCUAAGCGGCUUCCGCUGUGACGCAUUCGCACUUAUAAAUAUACAAGAAAAAACGUCCGAUAGGCUGCAUAGAUCAGCUAGUCGCGACAGUUCAUCGACCGACUGCGAUGACGUAUACGGUUGGCACCCCAUGACUGAGACAACAACAUAAUACUUUGUUUUAUUGAUGUCAAAAGUUGUACAGCCCCUCUUCAAACAAAUAUUUCAAAUACAUAAAAGUAAUAAACAAUGUAGGGAACGAAGCUAAAUUUGUCACGGACACGGCAUUGCGGAUGCCUGCAUUAAACGGAACGGCAAACACAACGUCACACACCGGUGCACAGCCAGUGCAGCAGGCGCAUUGUCAACAACAUGAAAUGGGAAAAGGAAAGCGGAAUUGGAGAUUCAAGUUCAACAGCCUUAUACACUUAGUAAAUUUAGAAGCGACGUGUCAUGUUGCAAUGUCCGUAUCUGUGACGACUUCAGCUUUAUUGCAUUCCUUCUUUUCUUUCGUUUCUUUUUUAAAAAAAUAUGAUUUUAGAUUUAUUUUUUCCCGUUUGAAAUUUUUUUCUUGGCUUAAACAUUUACAUACAUCAAAAUAUUCAAUAUAUGUAUAUUGACAAUUCUUCGGCUGCGAGAUACGUAUAAGUCCGAUUUACGUACCUCCAAAUUCACCAGCAUAAAAAUGUCAUAUAAAAAGUCAUAAUUCACUGCAAAAGGAUUUUUUUAUUCCCUUCGUGUUCAUCCCUCGUUCACGCUGCGUCAAUUAUGAAUUAUUUACAUAAUUACUAAUGCUGUAUAAAAAUACCGUUUAUUAUUUGUUAUAUCCUCAUUGCCAUUAUAGAUGGUUCCAUCCCGUGCUGUCCUCAUUCCAUUUACGGAAAGAUUCUAUUAUGUCUACACACAUACACAGAUAUAUAAAUACAUCAAGAUUGACUAAUCGGAAAAUUAUUCCUCGCUGUGUCGAUCUAUGGAUAAAUUGA